CAGACGCCCUAGACCCUGCGCGAUACUUACGGAAGUUACGGAUAAAUAAUAAUAGUAUAUAAUAUAUGGAUACAUUAUAUACUCUUACUGAAAGUUCUGAGUGAAGGUUAAUUCAUCGAUUUCUAAACGUGCGGACUGUGGACACAUUCUGCAAACACGAUGUCUGCCUCAGCUAUUUUUGUGCUGGACCUGAAGGGGAAGGUGCUGAUCUGCAGAAACUACAAAGGAGAUGUGGAUAUGGCUGAGAUUGACCACUUCAUACCAUUACUCAUGCAGCAUGAAGAGGAAGGGCUCCUCUGUCCGGUGCUGUCACAUGGAAACGUUCACUUUAUGUGGAUCAAACACACCAAUCUCUACUUGGUGGCUACAACAAACAAAAACUCCAACGCCUCCCUUGUGUAUUCAUUUCUCUACAAACUCGUUGAGGUGUUCACAGAGUACUUUAAAGAACUGGAAGAGGAGAGCAUUCAGGACAAUUUUGUGGUUGUGUACGAGCUUCUGGAUGAGCUGAUGGAUUUUGGCUUCCCACAGACGACUGACAGCAAAAUACUACAGGAAUAUAUUACACAAGAAGGUGCAAAGCUUGAGGUUGCAAAGAGCAAAGUUCCUACUACUGUCACUAAUGCAGUCUCUUGGAGGUCGGAGGGCAUAAAAUACAAAAAGAAUGAGGUGUUUAUUGAUGUCAUCGAAUCCAUCAAUGUACUGGUGAAUGCAAAUGGCAGUGUGAUGAGCAGUGACAUUGUGGGCAGCAUCAAACUAAAGACCAUGUUGUCUGGGAUGCCUGAGCUAAGGCUAGGGCUCAAUGACAGAGUGCUUUUUGCCUUGACUGGACGAGACAAAGGAAAGACUGUGAUGAUGGAAGAUGUGAAGUUUCACCAGUGUGUGCGACUGUCACGGUUUGAAAGUGACCGCACAAUUUCCUUUAUUCCUCCAGAUGGAGAGUCUGAACUUAUGUCCUACCGCAUUAAUACACAUGUGAAGCCAUUAAUAUGGAUUGAAUCAGUCAUUGAAAAGUUUUCUCACAGUAGAGUGGAAAUCAUGGUCAAGGCAAAGGGACAGUUUAAAAAGCAGUCCGUUGCAAACAAUGUGGAGGUCAGGGUACCAGUACCAAGUGACGCUGACUCACCCAAGUUUAAAACCAGCACAGGAAACGCCAAAUAUGUCCCAGAGAAGAAUCUGGUGGUUUGGACCAUCAAGUCUUUUCCUGGGGGCAAGGAGUUCCUGAUGAGAGCCCAUUUUGGUCUGCCCAGUGUGGAGAAUGAUGAGCUUGAAGGCAAACCUCCCAUAACAGUGAAAUUUGAAAUCCCCUACUUUACAGUGUCAGGAAUACAGGUCAGAUACAUGAAGAUUAUAGAAAAGAGUGGCUAUCAGGCUUUACCAUGGGUUCGUUACAUCACACAAAGUGGAGAUUAUCAGUUGCGGACAAAUGUGUAGAAUUACUGUAAUGAAUCUACACCUAAAUCGCCUUUGGCCCCUGCACUAUAGAAUGAAGAACUGAAUUAAAAGAAUGUCUUUAUAUUUCAUUUCACUGCUCUAUGUGUGUACGUUUAUUGCAGUUUGAUUUUAAUAGUAAUAGACCUAUUGGAAUGUAGGAAAACAAAUAUUUCACAUCUAA